GUUGCAAUUACGUCUGGGUCCGAGCAAACAUGAGGCAGCUGCCAGCCGGCCCGGCAGUCCUGUUCUCAGCUGCGAAGAGGGGAGGCCGGCAACAGUUUCCUUCAGCGCCCAGGAUGCAGCGGGCCAAGGAAGUGAUGAAGGUGUCAGAUGGCAGCCUCCUGGGGGACCCCGGGCGCACACCGCUCAGCAAGAAGGAGGGCGUCAAGUGGCAGAGGCCCCGGCUCACCCGCCAGGCCCUGAUGCGGUGCUGCCUGGUCAAGUGGAUCCUGUCCAGUGCGGCCCCACAGGGCUCAGACAGCAGCGACAGUGAGCUGGAGCUGUCUACAGUGCGCCACCAGCCAGAGGGACUGGACCAGCUGCAGGCACAGACCAAGUUCACCAAGAAGGAGCUACAGUCCCUCUACAGGGGCUUCAAGAACGAGUGUCCCACGGGCCUGGUGGAUGAAGACACCUUCAAACUCAUUUACUCGCAGUUCUUCCCUCAGGGAGAUGCCACCACUUAUGCACACUUCCUCUUCAACGCCUUCGACGCCGAUGGGAACGGGGCCAUCCGCUUUGAGGACUUUGUGGUUGGCCUCUCCAUCCUCCUGCGAGGAACAGUCCACGAGAAGCUCAAGUGGGCCUUUAAUCUCUAUGACAUUAAUAAGGAUGGCUACAUCACCAAAGAGGAGAUGCUGGCCAUCAUGAAGUCCAUCUAUGACAUGAUGGGCCGCCACACCUACCCAAUCCUACGAGAGGAUGCACCUCUGGAGCAUGUGGAGAGGUUCUUCCAGAAAAUGGACCGGAAUCAGGAUGGCGUGGUGACCAUUGAUGAGUUCCUGGAGACCUGUCAGAAGGACGAGAACAUCAUGAGCUCCAUGCAGCUAUUUGAGAACGUCAUCUAGGACAUGUCGGCGGGGAGGGGUCCUAGAGUGGCCACUGCCGCCUCUGCCCCCAAAGAAACCUCAGUCCUGCCAGGAGCAGCCUCCAUGAGAAACUUUUUUCUAAUAUAUUUGAAAAAGUGAA